AGUAGAGGUUAUUUCAAUUCAAAAACUGAAAAAAGUUUUACAUGAGUUGAUGGAUUGAACAGAGAAAGAAUGUGUGUGUUGAUUGAUCAAUACAGUCUUACAAUGUCAUGUCAUAUCAAUUCCACAUUUAUCUGAAUUAACCAUUUAACUAUUCUUGAACUGGAAAUAUGUAUUGCCUCUUAUAGCAACUAUUUUUGUCAUUCACUCUCUCUCACUCACACCUUUUUCCAUGCAAACUUUCACAGUCAUUAUCACAUUAUCAAUUUUUAGCAACUUAAAGGCAACAGUUUUGGUUUUUUCUUUGCAGCUUUCAACUGCUGACACAAAAAAAUAAUAUGAGAUGCUUAGAAUUAACUUUACAUUCUUCUCCUUUGCCAUCACCACAAUUUAAGAAAGUGGAUCUUACCCUUUUCAAUUCUCUCCAAAAAAUCAAAUCUUUGCAUGUCCAUUUUGCUCUUUGUCUAAGAUUAAGGUUGUAUUAGUCAAACAUUGUCUCAAAAAAAAUGUCUUUUUUCUUGUCUCAUAUCCUCUUUGUGUUCCUUUUGUUUACAAGCAAUGUACAACAAGCAUUGUCUCAAGAAAUGGUGAUGGAAGAGAAGGAAUUAUUAGGAUUGUUUGAAGUGAUGGAAGCACUUUUGGAUGAACCUGAUUUUUCACAAACACAUCCUCAACCAUGUACUGAUACAACAUGGCCAGGAAUUGAGUGUGAAGUUAGCAUUGAUGAUAAUGAUACACAACAAAUCUUUCAUGUCACAAAGAUUCACAUUGGUCCUGAUAUAUCACCUUGUAAACCCUCUGCUUAUUUGUCACAAUCCCUUUUGAAAUUAACUUUUUUGAAAACACUUUCACUUUUUAACUGUUUUGUUACUUCACAUGUCACACUACCCAAGACUUUGUUUGGUCCUUUUUCUUCCUUAGAACACCUUGCUUUGCAAUCUAACACAAAACUCCAUGGAGAAAUACCUUCAAGUUUGGGUUUUGUACCUAAUCUUAGAGUCUUAAGCUUGUCACAAAACAGCUUAUAUGGAAGCAUUCCAAAACAAAUUGGAGGUUUGGCUUUUCUUGAGCAACUUGAUUUAAGUUAUAAUAAUUUCAUUGGUCAAAUUCCCAAUGAAAUUGGUGAGUUGAAAAGUUUGACCAUUUUGGACCUUAGUUGGAAUAAAUUUGAAGGCAAUCUACCCAACUCAAUUGGACAACUUCAACUUCUACAAAAAAUGGAUUUGAGCUCAAACAAGCUUAGUGGAAAAUUACCUCAAGAACUAGGCAAUCUCAAGAGGUUAGUCUUACUUGAUCUAAGUCAUAAUAUUUUUAGUGGCCCAAUUCCUGAAAAUUUGCAAAGUUUGAAACUUUUAGAGUAUUUAAUCAUUGAUGACAACCCUAUCAAAGCUAUGAUACCUCACUUUAUAAGUAACCUAUGGAAUCUCAAAUCUUUGAGCUUUUCAGGGUGUGGAUUAGUUGGUUCAAUACCAAAUUCUUUAUCUUCGUUAAAAAAUCUUUCAGCUCUAUCCUUAGAUAACAAUAGUCUCAUUGGAAUAGUUCCAAAAAAUCUAGCUUUGCUACCAAACUUAGAUCAGCUUAAUAUAAGUCACAAUGAGUUGAAUGGAGUUCUACAAUUUCCAAAUGAGUUUAUUGAAAAGCUUGGUGAAAGGUUAGAUGUGAAAGGAAACAAUGAACUUUGUGUUGGUGAUGAUAAGACAAACAAGAAUUUGUCUUUAUACUUGGAAAUUCAAUCUUGUGUGGGGUUGAGAGCUGUAAAUGACAAAUCUUAUGAUGAAGAUCCAGCAGGAAUAAAGCCAUCAUGGAUCAAAAGCAACAUGAGUUCAAGUUCAACAUAUUUGGAUCUGCAAGACAUCCUUUUUGCAUUGGUUUUAUGUUUUUUCUUUUGUUUCCUUAAUUUGUGUUUGUGAAAACUUGGAAUGUAUUUGCUUUACCCUUAAUCAUAUCUAUAUUUGGGUACUGAAACCUUAUCUCAUUAAAGUGCUUACCUAGGCAAUGUUGGUGAUUUGUGUCCAUGAAAAUAUUAUAAAGUAAAUAUCAAGUUGGUUAUUGAAAUUGUUCACAUAAAA